GCGAGCGUGGUGAGUAGUGAUUAUGGAAGCCAAUUCUUCAUCUCAUUAUAAGCCAUGGUUGCAUCAACAAAACCACUCUUCAUUCUCCCUUAUAGAACGAGGGAUGGAGGUGGCAGUUCCCCCAGCACGAGUUUCUCCCCGUCCCUCGCAUCAUUACGCAAACGAAGCACCUCCUCGCCCCUCUUCUCAUCAAUAUACGAAACCGCUGCCCUCGAUCCCUCUCAACAUUCCACUCAAUCAAUAUUGGAACCAAAUAACCAUGUCAUGGGAAACUCCAAUUCACAGCGAGAUGACUUCUUCGAGACGCCUUACGAGUAUAGACACAAAGCUGCAAACAAGAAUCACCCGAACACCGCGUACUUCACGGAGAUACUCGAGAGAAGGCUCGACUGGUUUUGAUCCGAGAUUUGAGAUGGUAUGUCCGGAAGAGUAUCAACAAAUUAAUCAGCCAAGAGUUGACUCGCCUGCGCCUUCGAGCUACUCGGAAAGUAUUUACGAUCUUUACAAUCCCUCAGAGACUUCUCUGGGUGUAGAUAAAGGAGAUCAUUCUGAUUAUUCGGGGAGAAUAUACAACCCACAAGAGAGUUAUACUGCUGUGGUGGAAGAAGAGGAGAGUCGAUGGAGUUCAGGUGACUCGUCGCUCAUUCCGGAUCACGCAGACAAAGGGGGUUUGAAGCCUUUUUACAAGCUCUCUGAGCACAUGGCUGAUGCGAUAUCAUCGGUGACCUCGCUAAGGCAUAGAGAUUAUCCAACAAAGGCACAAUCUAAACAGAUCAGUCAACAUGAAAUAAUUACCCUUCGAGGUCUCCUUGCUGAAGAACGAACCCGUCACAAUAAGCGAAUCACCAAUUAUGAAAGCAAUUUGGAAAAUCACUACCCACACGAACAGACAGAUGCAGAUAUCUUGGGUCCCACCCCAAGACCGUUGGUCCUUCGUCCGAAGAGAAAAACGCAAAGGCUUGCGUUGGAUACAAAUUCUGACCCACUUCGAAAUGCUCACGACCCUCUGGAGCGGGAUAUCGACGACAUGAUCUCCUCGUUGAAUCAGACGAAGCUGUACAACACAUCGACAACGCUUCUAUUUGACGAAGGCAACCAUUUCCAAAAGAAGGCUCCUCCACCACUAAAGCCCCGAAAAAAGCUGUUUGGUACGGGGAAUCACCCGUUGAAAAGUCCAUUCCCAUUCCGUCAAGCGCCAGAUGUCCCGGAUAUUGUCCCAGAAACUGGACCAUCAGAAAGGACGUUUGGCAGAAAACUUUCGGGAGCAAUGAAGCAUUUAUCUCUCAGCCCCAUCUCACCCAAGAGAAGUGUAAUUUCGAAUAGUGCCAGGAGACCAAGUGGACCCGACACACCCAUGCCAAAUAAAUCACCUUUCAAGGGGUUCUUUCCUUCGGUUGAAAGCACGAUGCAGAAGGGAGGUGUGAAUAUUCAGGAAGCGGUUUCGAAGGCCAAGACUGUCCAUUUUAAGACCCCCGAGGAGAGAAAGAGGGCAAGCUUGAAGAAGAGCAUAGUGUAUGUUGGGAUCUCUGAUCAGGGCCCAGGUAUGGCUUCAAUGUACGAGUGUUGAAAGGAACUGAUUGCUGGCAGAUGGACGUAUUGCUGAGUGGUUUUGAAGCACUGGUGGAUGGAAUGUACAAUAGAAAUAAACUUGACGAUCGUGUAGAAACUUCCUGUGUCAUAAGCCGAGUGGCCCCAAGAUGUAUGAAUUUUAAGAAGAUUGGUGUGGCGCUUUCGUUCUAAAUAUUGGAUGAAACCAAAGAAAGGUGUAAUCGAAAAAUUG